AUGACGUCCACAAUAGGCAUCCCAAUCAAGCUUCUCAACGAGGCGCAGGGCCACAUUGUUACGCUGGAAAUCACCAACGGUCAGACGUAUCGUGGGAAACUGCUCGAUGCCGAGGACAACAUGAACGUCCAGCUCAAAGACAUAACGGUGACGGCUCGCGACGGCCGCGUAUCACACCUGGAACAGGUGUACAUCCGGGGCUCUCACGUGCGGUUCUUCAUCGUGCCCGAUAUGCUGCGCAACGCGCCCAUGUUUAGAAGCAGGAACUUGAGAGGACGGGGUGUCGGCCUGGCAAGGGGAAGGGCGACUGUCAGUCGUGCUAGAGCCGGCGGACGCCGAUAA